UGAUGUGAAACAACUGUCCUUUCCUCCCUGUUCUCCUUUCGUCUCUUCCCCGCACCCAGCCAAGCGCCGACCGAGCACAACGUAGGCAACUCCCAGACACCAUGGCCAACGCAUCAGCCGCGCCGAGCUACAAGCAGCUCAAGGAGGACUUUGUGUCAAACCUGUCGGGCGGGUCCGUGGUCGAGAUCGCUCAGGUCUGCGCUGUGGCCCCGAUCGUCUGCCUGCUCUGGUCCGUCCUUCAGGCGCGCCAGUCCUUCUUCAGGCCGACCUCGGCCCUCGCCCUCGUAGUCGACUUCCUACUCAACGUCGGCGCCCUCCUCCUGUCGGUCACGCUGUACUCGGCCGCGCCGCUGCUGCUCAACGUGCUGCUGCUAGCCACGGCCGCUUUUGUCUACACCCUCCCCCCGAGCCAGGGCCGCCGCAAGAAGCCCAGGCGCCCUCCGACGGCCGCCCCCAAGGCCGCCCCGCUCGGCGUGCUGUCAACCAAGCCGUUCCUGACCAGCUACCGCGGCAACAUGAUGGUCGUCACGUGCAUCUGCAUCCUCGCCGUCGACUUCCGCCUGUUCCCGCGCCGCUACGCUAAGGUUGAGACGUGGGGCACGUCGCUGAUGGACAUGGGCGUCGGAUCGUUCGUCUUCUCGGCCGGCCUCGUCGGCGCCCGCCCGCUGCUGAAGGAGCGCGCCGAGGGCCGCUACACAUCCCUAGCCCUCCGCCUACGGCAGUCGCUACGCCACUCGAUGCCGCUGUUCGUCCUCGGCCUCGUGCGCCUCGUCAGCGUCAAGGGCCUCGACUACGCCGAGCACGUGUCCGAGUACGGCGUGCACUGGAAUUUCUUCUUCACGCUCGGCUUCCUGCCCCCCUUUGUCGCCCUCUUCCAGUCGGCCCUGCGCUUCGUCCCCUCGUACGCCGGGCUGGCCGUCCUGCUCGCCGUUGCCUACCAGGUCGUCCUCGAGAGCACGACUCUCAAGGCAUUCAUCCUGGCGGGCCCGCGCGUCGACUUGCUGUCAAAGAACCGCGAGGGCGUGUUUAGCUUCUUUGGGUACCUAGCCAUCUUCCUGGCGGGCCAGGACACCGGCAUGUCGGUGCUACCGCGGAGCCUAGGCUCGAGGGGCAGCGGCCGCGUGACGGCGUUCCUGCUGCACACGACGUUGUGGGCACUGGCCUGGACGGCGCUGUACUACGCUUGCACCGACUAUACGUACGGCGCGGGGCUGACAGUGUCGCGGCGGCUCGCCAACCUGCCCUACGUGCUGUGGGUGGCGGCCUUCAACACGGCGCUCGUGUCAGCCUUUUGCCUCGUCGACACGCUGCUCUUCCCGGGCUUCUACGGCGCCCAGGACGCCCGCGCCGAGAAGGAGGCGCACGACACCGCCACCAGCCGCGUGCUGAGGGCGUACAACCGUAACGGCCUCGCCGUAUUCCUCCUGGCCAACCUGCUCACCGGGCUGGUGAACAUGACGGUACCGACCCUUGACGUGAGCCGGGUAGCUACCAUGGGGAUAAUGGUCGCCUACAUGGCGUUUGUGACUGCGGUGGCUGUGGGUUUGGACAUGUACGAUAUUUCUGUCAAAAUGUAGAUACCGAAUUGAGGGGCACGCCCCGACAAGUCAUCUGCUCGGUCGGGCGCAACCCGGCUGAGGUCUAGUGCAUGUACGCUGCCGAGCUGGCCACGGAGUGAAACAACCAGCGCUGUUUGGCUGUGGCCAUGCAGCCAGCCAGCCGCGCGGUGCAGUUUGAUCAAUUUUUUCUUUCUUCUUUCGGGUGCCGAGCAGUCAA